AUCGCGCCAGCGAUUUUUGCCACCGAAUCGAGUUUUGGACUUCGUGUUUCAAACUAGGUAGCCGAAGUCCUCAGAUUCUCUUUUCCCAUCGAGUUCUGUAUCAACCGAUGACCUCCCAGCUAACCCCAUAGCACAAAAAAAAACCAAGGCCCGAACUGCAACAUGGGCCCGCCCGAUCUCCAGACAACAUUUCCACACUCUGCUGACGACGAGGGGAUGGCACCGAAGACGAGCCGAUAAGACAUCAAGUUCAGCUCCUUCUCACACCUCUUGAUCAAGCCCGGUCACCGAUAGCAACAGAGGAAUAGUCGUACUCCUCCUCCGAAUUUGAGUUCAUCUAACUCGCCUUUUCACAUCAAGUCCUUGUCAAACAGAGAUAAACUGCACAAAUCAAUCGACUUUUGCUCUUAUUCCAUGUCUACAUCCUCACCCUCCAUCAAACGUACCGAGCAUCAAUCCCAUUCGAAAGGGAAGAAGGGUAUCAAGAAAUAAGUCGCCGAUCGUUCCACUCAUAGAGAUUGGUAUAAUGUUAAGGCUCCUUUGAUGUUCAAGAAACAAAACACUGGCAAGACCCUCACCAACCGAUCUGCUGGAACGAAGAACGCCAAUGACUCCUUGAAGGGCUGUAUCGUUGAACUUUCCCUCGCUGAUCUGAAUAAGGAUGAGGAACGAGCCUGUAUGAUUCUUAAGAACUCACACGAACAAUGAAUUCGCGGAUGCCUUCAAGUUCAAACAUAGUGCCACCUCUCUUGCCUUCAGAUUCCAACACGGAUCAUUUUUGCCAUCAAUUUGCGAGCAGCUGCCAAAGGUCAGUCUUCCCAUCUUGUUAUGAUUUCUUAUCUCAUUAGGUUCCUUGUCCUACAAGCUCAACUGCCAUUGGAUCAAUGGAAUCAGAAACUGAGAAACACAAAGUCAGUCACUUUAAGGUUUGUGGGAAGUAUCCCACAG